UCUCUUCUGUCGCCUUUCCAGGUUUUUCCAGGUGUGUUUUCCAGGAUGGAGUUCAGCCCCGACGUGUGUUUGGAGGAUCUGUGUCCGGUCUGUGGAGAUCAAGUCUCCGGGUAUCACUACGGUCUGCUCACCUGUGAAAGCUGUAAGGGCUUUUUCAAGAGAACAGUCCAGAACAACAAGACGUACGUCUGUGUGGAGUAUCAGCAGUGCAGGAUCGAUAAGACUCAGAGGAAGCGAUGUCCCUUCUGCAGGUUUCAGAAAUGUCUCCAAGUUGGCAUGAGACUGGAAGCCGUCCGUGCAGACCGGAUGCGCGGAGGCAGAAACAAGUUUGGACCGAUGUACAAACGGGACCGAGCCCUGAAGCAGCAGAGGAGAUCUCUGAUUCAAGGUGGGGGGUUCACGUCAGAGUGCGCCCCCCCUGUGCUCUCUGUAAACCCCUACAGAGACUGGACCUUAAUCGGUGAACUGCAUCCAGUGCUCAUCCUGCACAGCGCCCCCCUGCUCACAGAACAGAACGAGUGUAUCAGCCUCCGACCUCCAUCCCUGAGCUCACUGCUGCCCCCCAUCUCUCCUGCUGCCCCCCAGCUCCACAGCACCCCCUCCUCAAACUGGACCGUCAAGUCUGAGCCCACCAGCAGCACCAGUCCACCUGACUCCUCUUCAGAACUCUUUUCAGACCAGCUGUACCCCCUCCCCUUGUCUCCUCAGAAUCCUCAGCUGGAGCUGGAGCUGGAGCUCCUGCGGGGGGGUCCAGACGAGCUCCAGCUGCAGGAGAGGAUCUCUGCUCGCCUCCUGCAGGAGCAGGCGGGCUGGGGGGGACACUGGACCCCUACCACCUUCAGUCUGAUGUGCAUCAUGGCCGACCAGACGCUGCUGUGCACCGUGGAGUGGGCGCGCACCUCCAUCUCCUUCAAACAGCUCAAGGUGAGCGACCAGACGAAGUUGCUGCACAGCUGUUGGAGCGAUCUGUUGCUGCUGGACGUCGUCUGCAGGCAGGUUCUGUUUGGAGGAGAGGGUCGUCUGCUGCUGGUCACCGGAGAGGAGAUCGAUCUGCUAGACGUGGCCUCUCAUGCUGGUCCCACCCUGUGCGGUCUGGUCCACAGAGGACAGGAGCUGGUUCAGAAGCUUCACGUCCUGAAGGUCGACCACCGAGAGUUCACCUGCAUGAAGUUCCUCAUCCUCUUUAACCCAGAGGUCAAACAGCUGGAGGAGCAUCGCUUCAUCGAGAGCGUGCAGGAGCAGGUGAAAGGAGCUCUGCUGGAGUACACGCUGAGCACCUCCUCUCACCUGCUGGGACGUUUCUCUCACCUGCUGCAGUGUGUGUCCGACUUACGCUCCCUCAGCGCGCUGGCUGAAGAUUACCUGUACGACACACACCUGAGCGGAGAGCCGCCGAGCGACAGCCUGCUGCUGGAGAUGCUGCACGCCAAAGACAGACGGACAUGAAGAUUUCUUGUAUUUUGUAAAGAAAGUCACAAAUCAAACAUCUGUAUUUCUUUCUGCUGUGCCCAUACAGAUACAAGAGUAAAGGGAUAUUUGAUUUUUUUUUACUAUU